GUGUAGAGUGUGUGUGCCAGUUGGGCGAGGCGUCCUGAUCUGUGGCAGGUGGUCUUACGGGGUUUGAAUCCUCAAAUCAGCACUUAUUCCAUCUGGGUCUGUACAGCAUUUCAUCCAUUAUCAUCACUUUUACAUGGACGUCGACAACUCCUAAAGCUCAACAGACCCAGUGCUGAGGAUGUGUGGUUGUUGAACAGCCUAACACCACGUGUUUGCGAGGAGCCUUGUGUCCUUUUUUUUUUUUUUUUCCCCCUCUCCCUACCUUGCCCUGAGGUGCUACAAUCAUGUCAGCAGAGGUACAGCCUGUGCCCGUAACACCUGCAGGACCCACAUUUGAGUCUGCAGUACCUGCUGUGGCCAAUGAGACCAGUGCAGUGGUAUCUGAAAACACAACAGCAAUUUCACCACCAACCACAAGCAAAUUUUUCUCAAGAGAGAAAAAGAGGGCUCCAGAAAGAACAGAUGAGUACCUAUUGGCAAGGUUUAAAGGUGAUGGCAUUCGGUAUAAGGCCAAACUGAUUGGCAUUGAUGAUGUGCCUGAAGCCAGAGGGGACAAAAUGAGUCAGGACUCCAUGAUGAAACUAAAGGGCAUGGCAGUAGCUGCUCGUUCCCAAGGCAAACACAAGCAAAGAAUAUUGGUGAACAUCUCUCUAGAGGGAAUAAAGAUCAUUGAUGAAAAGACUGGUGUGAUCGAACAUGAGCAUGCAGUGAACAAAAUCUCUUUUAUUGCUCGUGACAUUACAGAUAAUCGGGCAUUUGGAUAUGUGUGUGGAGCAGAGGGCCAACACCAGUUCUUUGCCAUCAAGACAAUUCAGCAGGCACAACCCCUAGUUAUGGAUCUCAAAGAUCUAUUCCAAGUUAUCUUCAACACAAGGAAGAAGGAAGCUGAAGAUGCACUGAAGAAUGAUACCAGCACCAUUGCUGAGAAUGGAGGUGAUGCCUUGCUCAGUCUGGAUGGUCAGGUGAAGACAACAAAAACUGUGGAACAGAUGGACCUAUUUGGAGACAUGUCCACACCCCCAGAUAUCAACUCUCCUACGCUGGACAGUGUUUUGUUGCUGGAGCUUUCUUCUGUGAUCGAUGCCAAUCAGAAUCACCUUAAAACCAAUCCUUUCGUCACCUAUCCAACAGUUCCUUGCAACACACCCAGUGAUGCCCUAUUCUCUUCCUCAUUAGAUGUAUUCUUCAGUUCCAGUCCCGUUCCAAUUAAUAAUAAUACCUUUACUUUGUAUAAAGGCCAAUCUGGUUCUUCUGUUUCUAUUGUUUCACCCUUAUCCAAUUGCACAUUAGGACUUCCUAACUGCCUCUUAAAAGGACCAGUGGGGCAAAAUGGCUUAAAUGUUGACUCUGUAUCCACCAGUCACCCUUUUAAUGAAUUGAACAAUAAACAGUACCCACAGAAGGGCAUCGAUCAAGCACUUGAGGGUUCUUUAGGGGAGAUGAAUAGUGGAAAAAAUCAGUUCCCUCCAUUUUCCAACAUGCAUAUCCCAACAAGACCCCAACUGCCCCAAACCCCUUCUCCCCUGUGUAGUGACCUUGGCAACUCUUUACUUUCUAUGUUUCAAUCCUCAUGUAAAAGUGAAACUAUGCAACCUAUUGCACAAAAUGGAGGGGUGAUGGCCCUUUGUCCCCCACCACCAAGUCCUAAGUCUGGCCGUGUGCAGAGGAGACAGAAGUCUCCCGGAAAUGAAAUGUUUGGGGCCAAUAUAUUUGCAUCACCAGCUCAAAGUGAACCAUACCCUGCUCAACCCAGUUCCACUAUUCCAGCAAAUCUGUUCAACCCAACAGCACCCACCACCACAGCUCUUGCAUCAUUAUCUCUGGGUCCAUCAACUGUUCCUCUAAGAUCAUGGGAUCAACCAGCCCUUUCACUGUUUACUCCCCAAGGCCCUGGCUCCCAAGUACCAGUUCAAGGUGCACAAAUUCCAAAUUCUCUUCCCCACCCUGGGGGAGCACCAUUAUCUCAGUGGGGGCAGCAGAUGCCCUCUCCUUUUGGCAAUCCAGCUGCUCCUCAAGCAUGGGGCCAACCAGUAACUCCAGCAGCUAUUAGUGGCUGGCCACAAUCUGGCACUGCAUCUAACCCCUUUCAGCCCAGUGCAUUUCCCCCCAUGAUGGCCUCUCCUGGAGGAGGACUAGGGCAGCCAUCUUCAGGGGUCUGUCCUGUGCCUCGUCGGCCACCGCCUGUAAGAGAAGAAGCACCUGCUGUUAAAAGUGCUUUCACGGAUUUGGAUCCCCUUGGUGGGAAGGAACAGAAAAUUGGAAAGGAUAUGUUUAAAGAUUUCCAGAUGGCAAAACCUGGAAGUGUCCCACCAUCAGGCCAAAACACCAAUGGCACAUUUGAACAGUACUUUUCCAACAAAGUCGGUGUAGCUCAGGAGGCAGCUGACCAUGAUGAUUUUGACAUCAGCCAGCUAUCUGAAAAAUCCCUUGAGGCUCCUAAACCUGCACUUCAGCAGGCCUUUACACCUAUUGCCUCAGCUCUAGCUCCAAGUGUGACGCCUUCCUCCGCAGAAGUACUCCUGGAUGCUGCCUUCACUGCUAAUCCAGCUCCAAUACCAGCAGGGCCAGAUCCUCCAGUUGCUGAUCUUUUUGAUGACACUUUUGGAAGUAGCUUUUUAGCACCACCUGCUACUAUGGGUGGUUCAGCUUCACAAACUAAUGGAAAAGCUAAUACUUUUGUAGACCCUUUUGGAGGAAAUCCUUUUGCCUAAACUUCUCAAUCCUGCACUGCUGAGUUUUCUUCUUUACAAGAAUUUGGAAACCUUCUAUCCAACACUGUGCAGCAGUGCAAACCUCCCCCCUUUAAUCGGCACUCCUCGGUUCACAUGUUGCAUUUACUUGUUUCCUUUUUGUCUUCUUUUUUUCCCCUCUCUGGUUUGUUUAUCCUUUAUUAAGCUGACUGGUGUCAUUUCUCAGUGUUUUAAAUCACUUGAAGAAAUUACAAAUUCCAUGUGGGUCUGAACAUUAUUUUGGGGUAAUUGGAGAAGGAAUGAGGAAAAAGUCUGCUGUGAUGAGGGAUUUCAAAUACUUAUUGUAUAAUGCAAGAUGCUGUAGUUGUCGGGAAUUAAAUAAAGCAUCAAAUGAUA